AUGGAGGAGGAGGAGCCAUGCAUCCCACACGGCGGCUUCUUCACUUUUGUCCUUGACCCAGUGCCAAAGUAUAUCAGGAUUGGAGACAAAGAGUGUGAAUUUCAUGAGAACUUUCGUCUCCUCCUUCACACAAAACUGGCCAAUCCUCACUAUAAGCCAGAAUUGCAAGCUCAGACAACCCUGCUCAAUUUCACGGUCACAGAAGAUGGUCUGGAAGCCCAGCUGCUGGCAGAGGUGGUCAGUAUCGAAAGGCCGGAUUUGGAGAAAUUUAAGUUGCUUCUGACGAAGCACCAGAACGACUGUAAGAUAGAGCUGAAGUCCCUGGAGGAGGACCUCCUGCUGCGCCUGUCGGCGGCCCAGGGCAGCUUCCUGGGCGACACCCAGCUGGUGGAGAGACUGGAGACCACGAAGGCGACGGCCGCCGAGAUAGAGCAUAAGGUGAUUGAAGCUAAAGAAAAUGAAAAGAAAAUCAACGAGGCCCGAGAAUGUUACCGACCAGCUUUCAGUGUGCUGUUCCACAGAGCCAUGGAGCAGGCUGACAGGGUGGGGGACACGCAGGGGCGCGUCUCGGUCCUCAUGGAGAGCAUCACCCACGCCAUCUUCCUCCACACCAGCCGGGCGCUGUUUGAGAAGGACAAGCUCACCUUCCUGUCCCAGAUGGCUUUCCAGAUUUUGUUGAGAAAGGAAGAGAUAGACCCUGGUGAAUUGGAUUUCCUGCUUCGAUUCACAGUUGAACACACUUACCUGAGUCCUGUCGACUUUCUAACUACUCAAUCAUGGAGUGCCAUUAAGGCAGUAGCCCUUAUGGAAGAAUUUCGAGGCAUAGACAGAGACGUGGAAGGAUCUGCCAAGCAGUGGAGGAAGUGGGUAGAAUCCGAGUGUCCGGAAAAAGAAAAGUUACCGCAAGAAUGGAAGAAGAAAAGUCUAAUACAGAAGCUGAUUAUCUUGAGAGCAAUGCGCCCUGACAGGAUGACCUAUGCGCUCAGGAAUUUCGUGGAGGAAAAACUGGGUGCAAAGUAUGUGGAGAGGACCAGGUUGGACUUAGUGAAAGCCCUUGAGGAAAGCAGCCCGGCCACCCCAGUGUUCUUCAUCCUGUCUCCGGGGGUCGAUGCCCUCAAAGACCUCGAGGUCCUUGGCAGCAGGCUCGGGUUUACCAUGGACUCGGGGAAAUUCCACAACGUGUCUCUAGGGCAAGGGCAGGAGGCAGUGGCGGAAAUGGCGCUGGAGACGGCCUCCCAAGCUGGACACUGGGUCAUCCUCCAAAAUGUCCACUUGGUGGCCAGGUGGCUGGGAACCUUAGAGAAACUCCUUGAAAGAUUCAGCCAAGGAAGCCACAGAGAUUACAGGGUUUUCAUGAGCGCCGAGACUGCACCCACACCAAGUGAACACAUCAUCCCACAGGGACUCCUGGAAAAUUCCAUCAAGAUCACUAACGAGCCCCCCACAGGAAUGCUGGCCAAUUUACAUGCUGCUCUCUACAACUUUGAUCAGGAUACACUCGAAGUGUGCUCCAAGGAGCAGGAGUUUAAAAGCAUCCUCUUCGCCCUGUGCUAUUUCCACGCCUGUGUGGCUGGGAGACUGAGGUUCGGCCCCCAGGGCUGGAGCCGCCGCUAUCCCUUCAAUCCCGGGGACCUCACCAUCUGCGCCGACGUCCUCUACAACUACUUAGAGGCAAACCCGAACGUCCCAUGGGAAGACCUCCGCUAUCUUUUUGGUGAGAUCAUGUAUGGGGGCCACAUCACAGAUGACUGGGAUCGCAGGCUGUGUCGGGUGUAUUUAGAGGAAUUCAUGAAUCCAUCUCUGAUUGAAGAUGAGCUUCUGCUGGCACCAGGCUUUGCAGCGCCCCCUAACCUAUCAGAUUACUGCGGCUACCACCAGUACGUCGAGGAGACGCUUCCUCCAGAAAGCCCCACGCUGUACGGCCUGCACCCAAACGCGGAAAUAGAGUUCCUGACAGUGACGUCCAACACUCUCUUCAGAACUUUGCUGGAGACGCAGCCCAGGAAAGCACUCGUCAGCCAGGAGCUGGAGCCGUCCACAGAAGACAAGGUGAAGAACAUCUUGGAUGACAUCUUGGAGAAACUCCCAGAAGAGUUCAACAUGGCAGAGAUCAUGCAAAAAACCUCAAACAGAAGCCCCUACGUUCUUGUUUGCUUCCAAGAAUGUGAGAGGAUGAACCUCCUCCUGCGGGAAAUCCACGUGUCACUUCAGCAGUUAGACCUCGGCUUGAAGGGGGAGCUGACGCCGACACCUGCUGUGGAAGCCCAGCAGUCCGCGCUGAGUUACGACAUGGUGCCAGACACGUGGAGCAAACUGGCUUACCCAUCUACCUACGGCCUGGCCCAGUGGUUUAAUGACCUCCUCUUGCGAUGCCGAGAACUGGACACUUGGACACAAGAUCUCGCCCUCCCAGCUGUGGUGUGGCUUUCUGGCCUCUUCAACCCUCAGUCCUUCUUAACGGCAAUCAUGCAGACCACGGCUCGAAAAAACGCGUGGCCGCUGGAUAAAAUGUGCCUGACGGUUGACGUGACCAAAAAAAACAAGGAAGACUACGGCCACCCCCCAAGGGAAGGCGCCUAUCUGCACGGGCUCUUCAUGGAAGGAGCCAGAUGGGACACCCAGUCCGGAACCAUUGCGGAAGCCCGCCUCAAGGAGCUGACAUCGGCGAUGCCAGUCAUCUUUGCAAAAGCCAUACCCAUGGACAGACAGGAAACCAAACACACCUAUGAGUGCCCUGUGUACAAAACCAAAACGAGGGGCCCCCACUACAUCUGGACCUUCAGGUUGAGGAGCAAAGAGAAGACGGCCAAGUGGGUCCUGGCAGGCGUGGCUCUGCUGCUGGAGGCGUAG